CGCACACACUAGGUGGGAGUAAAGAGAGAACGAGAAAGAAGCCUGACAUAAGGAUCAUCUCAAUUGCUGAAAGAUAUGGCCUCCGCUCAAGCAUCACCCAGCGAGCCACGCUUACUGGAAAAACAUCUAAUUUGCUCAAUCUGCAUGGAUCCAUUUGUGGAUCCUGUCACUACAGCGUGUGGCCACUCCUUUUGUAAGGAAUGUCUAAACCGCAACUUUAUGUACAACGACACAGUGUGCCCCCUAUGCAAGCAGCAUCAGAACAGAAUGCCAAACGUUAACAUCAUCCUGAGAAACAUUGUCGAACAGAUGAAAAAGACCGUGGAGAAAGACGAUGAUGAGUACACUGGGGCGCCUGGCGAAGUGGCUUGUGACAUUUGCACAGAGAGCAAGCUGAAGGCUAUAAAGUCCUGCCUUGUGUGUCUUGCCUCGUAUUGUUCAGCCCACCUGGAGAAUCAUUCUUCAACUGAAAGACUGAAGGGCCACAAGUUGGUGGAACCUGUGGAGAACUUGGACGAGAGGGCCUGUCUGCAGCAUGGACGCCCCUUAGAGCUGUACAGCAGGAAGAAGGAGAGAUGCAUUUGUGUACGCUGUAUGGAAGAAGGUCAGGAGGAGGUUGUUUCUACUGAAGAUGAAUGGAACAAGAAGAAGGCUAAGCUCGAAAACACAAAGACAGAGUUGCAACAGAAAAUAAGGAAGAGAAAAACACGGGUGGAUGAAAUUAAUACAUCUCUACAGAGUUGCAAGGACCAGGUGGAUAAUGAGUGGUGGGAUAUUGAGAAUGUGUUCGCAGCUGUGAUUGCUAUUGUUGAGGUUGCCCAGGCGAGAGCUCUUCAGCCACUGAAGGACAGGAGGCAGGUUGUAGAGAAAGAGGCAAAAAGCCUCAUAGAGGAGUUGGAAGCCGAAAUCAGCGUACUUGAGAAGACCAUUUCUGAGCUGGACAAUAUAUCUGCGCUUGAGGAUCACAUCCUUUUUCUGCAGAGUUACCCAUCUCUUCAAGACCUGGACAACAUCAAAGAAUGGACAGAGGUAGAGCUUGACACAUCACUAUCUUUUGGUACCAUGAGAAAAACCACAACUACCAUGUUGGAAAACAUUCAACAGGAACUGGAGAAGCUUACCUCCACUGAACUUCAGAGACUUCCAAAGUUUACAGUGGAUGUCAAGCUGGAUCCAUCCACCGCGCACCAACGUCUUGUUCUUUCCGCUGAUGGGAAGGAAGUGAAAGAUGGAGGAGAAGACCAAGAAGUAGCUGAUGCUUCGGAGAGGUUUGAUCUGUUUGCCAGCGUCCUGGGGCUCAACAGGCUGACCUCUGGGAAGUCAUACUGGGAGGUGGAGGUCAGCAACAAGACGGGGUGGGAUCUGGGUGUGGCAAGAGGCGAUGCGAACCGCAAGGGGAAACUCUCGCUGACCCCAGAUAAUGGUUACUGGGUUACUGUACAUUAUGAAGAUGAAAAGUACGCGGCCCUGACAGCACCACCUGUUCGCCUCUCCCUGAAAGAGAAACCUGCGAAGGUGGGAGUGUUUGUGGAUUACGAGGAAGGUCUUGUGUCCUUCUAUGAUGUGACGGCUCAAUCUCACAUCUACUCGUUUACUGAGUGUUUGUUCAAUGACAAGCUCUUCCCAUAUUUUAGUCCACAUGCAAAACAAGAUGAGAGAAACACUGAUCCUUUGAUAAUUUCUGCUGUGUCACAUUGUUUGCAGGACGUAGAAAUGUCCUAAGAAUGUGUGAGUUGUCUGGGAGAGGGGGAAAAGGGGGCUGUUCAACCAAAGGUGGUGGUGUAAUUAAAUCCACUUUUUAAAAAUGAAUUAUAAUACUUAAUAAUACUUAAUUAUUACGUAUUUUUGGUACAUUGUAGAGUAACUGCUAGUAGUGUUACAGAGAAAUACUUUAUUAAGCACAUGCAUAAGGACGCACAUUAGUGCAUGAGUGCUUUGGUGGGGUGAUAGCUACUCAGUCCUGCCAAUGACUUUACACUACACUACAGGUGAGGGUGAAAUGCGAAGAAACAAGCAAAACACGAGUUUUUAAAUAAAAAAAUUUGGUUUUCUUUUAUACAAAUUUAAUGCAUAUAUAACUGACCAUUUAUAUUUUCCAUGGCCUUGUUCAAAAUGGAACAUGCUGUAAAACCAGGGUGAACUUUCAUAAACAAACCUGAAGACUUGAGCUCAUGCUGUCAUAUGACCCACCAUCACAGCCAAAGUUAAAUGCAUUCAUGUGUUUAUCCAUUACCUGUUCACUAUAAUCCAUGACCAAACAUACCCUCUUAGAAGUUUAUAAAUACAUGACUUAAUCACAAUGAUGGAUAAAGAAUCUAUUGAUCUACCAGUUGCCUUCAAGCAUGUUAGUAUAUUUUACACAGUCUCUGGGUUGCAGUUUAAGGUGAUGGUGGGAAAAUCAACUUAGAUUGAAAUGUCAAGUGUGUUUGUGGACUACAAUAUCGUUUGAUUAUUUACAAAAUGUGCUGUAAUUAUUAAUUUUUAAAUCUCAAAAUAAAAAGAUGAAAUGAAAAUGUUCAA